AUGUAUACGCUUGUUGCAGCCCCUACUCAAGGACCCUUAGCAUUCGUUCAGUUAUCCUACCGUUACCUUUCUGUUCUUUCUUUCUUUCUUUCUUUCUUUCUUUCUUUCUUUCUUUCUUUCAUAUCUUUCUUUCUUUUUAAUGUAAAAGUUCCUACCGUUACCUUUCUGCUCUUUCCAUUUUCUUCCUUUCUUUCUUUCUUUCUUUUUUCUUUCUUUCUUUCUUUCUUUCUUUCUUUCUUUCUUUCUUCCUUUCUCUCUUUCUUUCUUUUUUUCUUGAUUCUUAUUUUUCUCUCGUUCUUUACUCAUCCUACCGUUACCUUUCUGUUCUUUCCAUUUUCUUUCUUUCUUUCUUUCUUUCUUUCUUUCUUUCUUUCUUUCUUUCCCCGCUUUUGGCUUUGCUUUUUCCCGCUCUUUCUUUCUUUCUUUCUUUUUCACUCUUUCUUUCUUUUUCACUCUUUCAUAUCUUUCUUUCUUUUUAAUGUAAAAGUUCCUACCGUUACCUUUCUGUUCUUUCCAUUUUCUUUCUUUCUUUCUUUCUUUCUUUCUUUCUUUCUUUCUUUAAUCUAUUUUCUCAUUUCCCUCUUUCAUUUCUUUCUUUUUCUCAUUUUUAUAUAA